AUGCACAUUGUACCGGAGUUAACCGAAAAGGUCCUGGCUGUUCUUCUGAAAGAUCAGGCAUUACUGACAAAGCUCUACCUUGCCAGAACCAACCUCGGGAACAGCCAUACAAUAUUGUUUAAGCAUCUUAAACAAUUAGAAGUAUUAGAUCUCACGGACAACGAAUUUGGUUAUAUUCAAGAAUCGACACUACCAAAACUUGUUGAGAAUGGGGAUCUCUAUCUUUUUGGCAACAAAAUAAUGUACAUUGAGGAGGAUGCCUUCAAAGGAUUGAGAAACAGAUCUGUCACAUUGAACGAGAAUCCCUGGCACUGCAGUUGCAAACUUGCUCCGUUUUCCAGUUGGUUGCGGAGCAAUGAGGGCGCUGCGGUGGUCGACAGGCAGGAGCUCAUCUGCGAUGGUCCAAUUCAAAUAUACGGACAGAAAGUUGUUGAUUACGACCCGUACUGGUGGGAGUGUAGCCCAUAUGUUCCGCUGGUGGCACUGCUCUUCAUCGUAGGAUUUCUCCUCACUGUUGCUAUCAUUGCUUUGAUCGUCUAUUGUAACUGGAUCAACAUCAAACAUUGCUGCUUGGAGCGUCGCGAGAUGGCGAAACCCAUCGACGAUGAGCACCGAGAUCGUGAAGAUGAACCCGUCGGAAGAGAUUCACUCGGACAGCGGGCAGGUGGGUAUAGUUCUCUCAGACAAGGCAAAACAGGCGCGUACAUCAUCUACGAUAUGUACGACAGGGCAGUUCUCAAUUGGGUGAAUAAAUACGUCGAGGACCAACUUUUCCGACACCCAAUGAAGAUCACUCUCCAGUUCUCUGCAGGCCCCGAAGUCAUUCCGCUGUGGAAGCAAGUCAAAGACUUCAGCUUCCAGGUCAACUUCUUCCUCGUCCUCGUGACGGAUGGAUUCCUGGAACUUCACUGGCCGGAGAUUGCCCAGAAGAGCGGCAUCGAUAACAUCAUGAAAUGUGUCUUCGUGCUUCAUGGCAAGAAGAAAAGUGAGCUGCCUAAAGAGAUGACAAGGUUGUCGUGUCCUUGCUUCCAGUGGCCGGAGACUGGGACGAGGUUCACGACUCCAGAACGAGAGCGAGAUCAAUUCUGGAAAAAGUUGCGUCUAGCUUUGAAGAGAAUUUCUGUGUGA